GUUAUGGCGACCACUGGGAAACAUCAUAGCUUCAGUCUGGAGGAAAGCGGGCUGUGCAUUCAGGGUGCUGUAAAGAGAGGCGGCUAUCUCAUAUGUCUGUGUAAUUCUGACUAUGCUGCUCUUGGUUGCGCUGAGCGUCGUUUUUUCGUUUACUGCGGUCACCACUGAGAGGGCUGAGAACACCAACCACAAACCACCAGCAGCACCACAGCUCAACUACAGCAAGAUCUCCCUGCCGCCAGAGCACGUACCCUACUUCCUCCACAAUAACAGGAGGGUUGCCAAGCAAUGCCGCCUGGAUCCACUCUGCCCUUUUAAAGAUGCACUACAGGAUCUGUCUGCCUGUUGGGGUUAUGAGAAGAACUGUGAUCCAGGAAGGCGCUUUGGCUAUCCAGUCUGUACUAAAGCUGAUUCAGGAUGGGCCCAUUCUCUGGAGGCAGCCCAGGAGCUUUUCUGGAAGCAGGCUGAUUUUGGCUACGUCAAGGAGCGCCUCUCUGAGCUCAAAACACUCUGCAAGGCCAGCAAGCAGUAAGGGGACUCAUUAUUAAGAUGUAGUAGCCACACUCGCUUCUGUAAGGCUACUAACCUUUACCUGGACUUGCGUAAGCCGCGCAGAAGUCAUGAGAGGUACAAGGAGGACUUCAUUCAGAAGGGUGAGAUUGGUGGUUAUUGCAAACUCAACAAGCGAGCACUUGCUGCUGAGGGACAGCACAAGAGCCCCUUGCAAUCUUGGUAUGCUGAGCUGCAGACUUACACAGAGCUGGACUUCCAUCCCAUAGAAGAUGGACACUGUGAUGUUGUCAUUGAAAAGCCCACUGUUUUCAUGAAACUGGAUGCUGGUGUGAACAUGUACCACCAUUUCUGUGACUUUGUCAACUUGUACAUCUCCCAGCACAUAAACAACUCCUUCAGCUUAGAUAUCAACAUCAUCAUGUGGGACACGAGUUUUUAUGGUUAUGGAGAUCUGUUCGGUGAAACAUGGAGGGCCUUUUCAGAUUAUGACAUCAUCCACCUGAAGACCUAUGACUCUAAAAGAGUGUGUUUCAAAGAUGCAUUUUUCUCCCUCCUUCCGAGAAUGAGAUAUGGCCUCUUUUACAACACGCCUCUCAUCUCAGACUGCCACAGUGAAGGGAUGUUUCGGGCGUUCUCCCAGCACGUCCUCCAUCGACUGAACAUCCAAGAUGGGCAAAAGGAGGGGCGUGUUCGUGUCACCCUGCUGGCACGCAGCACAGAAUACAGAAGGAUAUUAAACCAAGUGGAGCUGGUAAACGCCCUCAAGACUGUGCCUUUACUGGAGGUUAACGUGGUGGACUACAAAUACAAGGAUGUCCCCUUUCUGGCGCAGUUGAGGAUCACCCACAACUCUGACAUCUUUAUAGGGAUGCACGGGGCGGGUCUUACACACCUCCUCUUCCUCCCUGACUGGGCUGUCAUCUUUGAGCUAUAUAAUUGUCAGGAUGAGAGCUGCUAUCGAGAUUUGGCUCGGCUGCGGGGCAUUCGAUACGUGACUUGGCAGAAAAUGGACAAAGUGCUCCCACAGGACAAGGGUCAUCAUCCGACCCUUGGGGACCAUCCGAAGUUUACCAACUACUCCUUUGAUGUGAGGGAGUUCAUGCGCCUUGUGCUGGAGGCAGCUGAUUACGUCACACACCAUCCCAAAUGGCAGCGUCGCAGCGUUCAUGACGAACUCUAGAAUCUCUACCCUGUGCAGAGAAGAAAUGGGCUUUAGACGCAUCAGGACAGGAGAGCCGAUUGCAAGCAAAGGCUGAGGUGUAAUCACUGAGGUGGAAGCUGGGCUUCUUCUGUUUGAGGUGAGGAAGAGGAGAGGCAGGAGGAAGAAGAGGAGGAGGAGGAGGGCUGAGGUGUGAGUGAAUGCAGCCAUGGCGUGUACACCCUGUCCACAGAGGAGCUACUGAGUGGAAGAUACAUCAAGGAAGACUGAGACGAC